AUGGAUUUAGAUGAUUUUCAAGAUAAUUCUCCUUCUUCUGUUGUUUCUCAUUCAGUUGGUGUUAUUUAUCGUACUCCUGAAGUUGUUGGAUCAUUUAGCCCUGGUGGUACCACUAAGGAAUGGAUUCCAAGUGUUCCCGAAGAGUUAAAACCUCGUUUGGGGAUGAUAUUCAAAGAUCCCGAAGAGGGUCUUAGUUUUUAUAAAGCCUAUGCAAAUGCCGCUGGGUUUACUUCUAGGAAAUCUACUACUACAAGGAAGAAGAAUAACAAAGAUAUAAUUGCUUUUCAAUAUGGAGUUUGUAAUAAGGAAGGUUUCAAGGCAACAAAAAAACCUAUUGCUCAACAAACCGUUGAUGAAGAAGGAAAAGUAAAUGUUGGUCCUGUGAGGUCUUAUACAAUGAUGAAAGAAUUAGCUGGAUCACAUGAUAAUGUUGGUACAUCUAAACAAGAUUUCAAAAACUUUUAUAGAGAUUUGAAGGCUUAUAUUGCUAGAUCAGAUGCUCAAAUAUAUAAUAUGAUCUUUGGUCCAUUUACUGGAGUUGAUCAUCAUAAGAAAUGUGUUACUUUUGCGGCUUCUUUUGUAGCUCAUGAAGAUAUAUCAUCUUUCGAAUGGGCUUUCAAAACUUUUCUUAAAUCAAUGGGAAAUAACGAGCCUGUGUGUUUGAUUACCGAUCAAGACCCUGCAAUGAAAGUUGUUGUUCGUAAUGUUUUUCAAAAUACAGAACAUAGGUUUUGUAUGUGGCAUAUUAUGAAAAAGGUGCCUGAAAAAGUAGGUCGGGCAAUUACCCAAGAAACUGAUUUUUUGAAAAAACUUUGUGCAUGUGUUUGGCAUUUAGAGAUUGAGCCAGCAGAAUUUGAAGAAAAGUGGAACAAAGUUAUUUCAGAAUUCAAUUUGAACGAUCAUGAGUGGUUGGCACACAUGUUCAACAUACGUGAUAUGUGGAUUCCAGCGUAUUUCAGAGAUUUAUUUUUAGGUGGCAUCAUGAGGACCACAUCUAGAUCCGAAAGUGAAAAUAAUUUUUUCACUAUGUUCACAAAUCCCCAUCUCACUUUGAUUGAGUUUUACAUGAGGUUUGAAUGUGCAUUGGAUGCUCAAAGGCACACUCAAAAUAAAAUGGAUAAUGAUUCAAAGAACAAGCGUCCAGAGUGUAAGAGUCCAAUUCCUUUAGAAAAAGAUGUUUCCGAGUUGUUUACAACAACAAUUUUUUAUGAUUUUCAAUAUGAGCUUGAAAUUGGAUGUUUUAAUUGUGGUGCUGAGGAGAUGAAAAAGGACAAUGAGAUUUACAUUUUCAAAUUAAGGGAAGGAUCUAGGAGGAGGGCUUUUGAUGUUGUUUUUGAUCCAACUACCUUAGAUACCAAGUGUUUUUGUAAAAAAUUUGAACGUGAUGGUGUGCCUUGUAGGCAUAUGAUUUGGGUUUGGAAAGCAAGGAUGUUAGAAAAAAUUCCCAAGACUUACGUUCUAAAUAGAUGGUGUACAAUGGCUUAUAAGAAGCCCAUUUUUUAUUUAGAGGGUAAUGUUUUAGAGGAAUGUCUUAAUGCAGUAGAUAAAAAGAUGCUAUUAUUUUUUUUGUGGUGUGAAAUUCAUGCUUGUGUGAGUUUAGUGCAAAACAAUGAAGAUGAUCUAAGUGAUCUUGUCAAAAAACUUCGAGCCAUGAGAAUAGAUUUGGAACAGAAGAAAGCAACAAAUAGAAGCAACAAUUUUUGUAGCAAAAUUAAAGACAUUGAAAUGCUUAUUGGAGCUAGUUUACCUUCUGAAGUUUUGAUCAAAGCUCCAAAAAUUUCAAAAAACAAAGGUACAGGGGUUCAUGUUCCAAAUCAAGUUAAUGUUCCAAAUGAUACCCAUGUUCCAAAUAGUAACAAGAGAAUGAAGAGUGACAGAGAAAAAGCUGUUAAACAAAGUCAAAAGAAAAAAAAAAGAUUAUGUAGAGCAUGUGGAGAGCUUGGUCACCAUGAUAGUCGUAAUUGUCCAGGGAAAGUCAAGUGA